GGGGCGCUCGCCGCCCGCCUCUGCGUCCCCGGAACCCGCCUGCAGUCCGAAGCGCGUCCUCGCCCGCCGUGCGCGCCCCCGUCCGGGGUCCCCGGGCCCGCCUCCGGAUCCCCGAGCCCCUCCCUCCUCAGGGCCCUCCUGCCAGGGUCACAGGGCUCUUCUCGGGGGUCUCCAAGCCCUUCCGGAGGCGGGGACGCGGCGGGGGUGGGGAGUACCUUCCAGCCCUCCUCCCAGGGUCUCCGUUUCCCUCCCUGGGGUCUGCACCAGCCCUGAGGGUACUGGUGCUCAGUACACGCGUGUCUCCCCAAGGCCCUGCUGGUUUGCAGCCUUCCGUGUCCAGUGGACGAGAAGCGGCGUCUCAACAGCCCCCGAUUCCGGAGGAGCGCAGUCCCCAGCGAGGUUCGUCCGUGAGGACGGAGUCUGGAGACGAUUUUGCGGAGACUUAACGUUGUUAAACCACUGUGUCUGUCUCGGGAAGAAGUGCCCAGACCAGAGAUUUUUGUCAUAUGACUUCAUGACAAAUAGUGAAAUGUCGGGUUCUUCACCGUUUAAGAUGCGAUUAGUUCAUCUGGACCUUAAAGGAGCUCCACCAAAGGUCUCCUACCUCUCUGAGGUCUUUCCUCUGUUCCAUGCCCUGGGUGCCAAUGGGCUGCUCCUUGAGUAUGAAGACAUGUUUCCCUACGAUGGCCACCUGAGGCUGCUGAGGGCCAAGCACGCAUACAGCCCCCCUGAAAUCAAAGAGAUCCUGCAUCUGGCUACACUGAACGAGCUGGAGGUCAUUCCACUGGUGCAGACGUUUGGACACAUGGAGUUUGUGCUGAAGCAUGAGGCUCUCGCUCACCUCCGAGAAGUGGCGCUUUUCCCUAACACCCUGAACCCCCACGAGGCGGAGUCCCUGGCUCUGGUGGGAGCCAUGAUCAGCCAGGUCAUGGAGCUGCACCCGGGCGCCCGGUGGCUCCACGUCGGCUGCGAUGAGGUCUAUUACCUUGGAGAGGGUGAGGCCUCGAGGCGGUGGCUGCAACAGGAACAUAACACCAAAGCAAGACUGUGUCUGUCCCACAUGAAGGCCGUGGCCCGCCACGUGCUGGCCCGGCACCCCACCACGACGCCACUGGUGUGGGACGACAUGCUGCGGGCCAUCCCUGAGGACCAGCUCUCAGCAUCGGGGGUGCCGCAGCUGGUGGAGCCAGUGCUCUGGGACUACGGGGCUGACCUAGACAUCCACGGCAAAGGUCUUCUCAUGGAAAAGUACCGGAAGUGUGGUUUUCUCCGGCUGUGGGCUGCCAGUGCCUUCAAGGGGGCCACGGGGGCAAGCCAGGCCCUGACCCCCAUCGAGCAUCACCUCAGGAACAACUUGCAAUGGCUGCAGGUGGCGGCCAGCGGGCCUGCAGACAUGCUGCAGGGCAUUGUCCUGACCGGCUGGCAGAGGUAUGACCACUUCUCCGUGCUGUGCGAGUUGCUGCCUGUGGGAAUCCCCUCCCUGGCCGUCUGUCUGCAGUCACUCUUACACGGAGGCUUUGCCGAAGAUGUUAAAGCAAGAGUGGAGAACUUUCUCGGGAUCUCAAGCCUAGAAAUAACUGAUUUUACGAGCGAGGGGGCCGGCUCCUUCCCUGGCAGCGACAUCCUGGUCCUCGUCAUGCACGUCGCCCUCCACCUGCGCAGCUCCGUGGACGCGCUACUGGAGAGGGACAGGUACGUGACUGGCUGGUUCAGCCCCUACCACCGCGGGCGGAAGUCCAUCCACCCCGUCAUGGUCCAACACAUCCAGCCCCAGGCGCUCAGCCUCCUGGCCAGGUGGAGCACCUUGGGGCAGGAGCUGGAGGCCUCCCUGCACCGCGUCUUCUACCCGGACGCCGUGGAGGAGUGGCUGGAGGAGAACGUGCGGCCCAGCUUGCGGCGGCUGCAGGCUUUGGUGCAGGACCUCAGGGAGGCGGCCGGCGCCAGCCUCAGCCCCAGCCCGCACUCGGGUCAGGACCCCUGAGGGGAGGGCCGAGCCUGAGCCUGUCCCGCCCAGCGGCCGGACCGCGGCCACAGGCAGCACCCACAGUGCAGACGGUCAUCGUUGGAAGGGCCACUGGGAAACCUGCAGGAGGCACGCGGGGCUGCUGACCGGUCUGCGUGUGGAACGUCCGUUCUUUUGAAAUAAAAGAGUGGAAGCUAGAA